GAAUUACCAUUACAGAUACCUGUGACGUAAAUGUGACUAGCAUUUUCAUUAUGACAGGUAUGAGUUGUAGCUGUAGAUAUCUGACUAGUAAAAGCUGAAUUACAGACAUCUGUGGCGUCAUUUUGACUUGUAAAAACUGAAGUGCAUAUCUAAAAACUGUAGUUUUGACUAGUAAGAAUGACGUUGGAGAUAUCGGUAGAGAAUAUCCUGUCUACAGAUUAACUGUGAAAACUGUGUGUGGGUGUGUGCGCGCGCGACGGAAGUGGAAGGGAGUGAAUCAUCUCAAGUCAAAAUGUGCCACACCCACUGAAAAGAAAAGCACGUGUUUAUACAACACUUUCAGUAGCUGAGUAUACCAGUCAGACUUCUUCUUAUGUCCUCUCUUCUACUAAUUAAGUUUCCAGGUUUUUGUUUUUUUUAACUGUCGUGUUUUUAAGCCAGUUUUGUUAUUAUUGUUUUAGUUCCCCUCAGGCUCCGCACUCGCCACCUGAAAAAGGGUCUUUCGCACCACUUGGGUUAACCUCGACAGUGGCUGUUGGCUUACUGUAAGUUUCUCACAUUGUACAUGAUGUACAAACAUUAUUUGGUGAAACUUUACAUUCCAACCAUCGCAGCCCUUCCGUUUCUGCUCACAGUUUUGGGACAUGCUUCACUCUGAUUGUCUGUUUCACACACGCUGUCAAAAUGAGCUCCGAGGAGUGUCCCUUCUGCGGGAAAACAUAUAAAAGAUUAAAGAGUCACCUGCCACAUUGCAAAGCAGCAGCAAACACCCAAACCACCAAAAUGGAACAUCACAUCAAAUCAAAACAGACAACACCAUCUGCUCAGCUGGUGACAGGCAUCUCUGAGGUGAGAGCAAAGGCGAAAAAGUCCUCACAGAUGCUGUCAGUGGAGGCAAAUCCAAAGUCGAAGGAGAGCUCUAAGGUGUCACCACAGUCAUCCUCCCCAGCAUUGACUGCCAAGAAUAUUAAUGCAUCAUCUCCAUCUCUGAGUUCUUCAUUACUUCCACCAUCAACUAAAAAGAAGAAACAAAAGCUGUCUGAACAAAUCAAGACAGGCAGUGCGCCUUCCUCUAACACCACAGCACCCUCUCUGUCAACAACCAUCUCUAAAAAGAAGAGUCUCCGUGCUCAGAUAGAAGCUGUAAAACAUGACCAAGUUACUAAGCGAUCGCAGGAUGGAACCAGAUCUGCCUCAGAAGAUCUGCUCUCAGAGACAAGAUCCAAAACCCCAGCACAGACCAGGACCGAUGUGAUCCCAGAUGACACCAAACCUAAAGAUGGCUCUAAAAAGAAAAUGUCAAAGACAAAGAAGGCUGCAGCGCAAUCUCUUCCCACAGACUCUGACUCCCUGGAUUCUGAAUUGAAUCAAAGUAUUGUGAAACCCGUUGUAAGAGACAACUCCUGGGUGGACAACGCACCGGAAACGGAGGAUUUAAGUGUGAAAAAGAUGUUCUUAAAAUCUGACUGUGAUCAUCAGGCCAGGAUCACAAUUCAGAAUGUUAAAACCACGUUGAAUCGAGCUAAAACCACCACACAGUCCAGCAGGGCGAGUUUUCUGAGCCAGACUGACCUCAACAAUAAUCUUAAAACUAGCUUUGGUCCUGCUCUCAGUCCAGUAACAGCUCCUGUAGAGAAUGAUGUUAGCUGCAUAGUAGCAAAUAAAACGCUGUCAGAGCAGCUGCCAUGCACCCAGCUACAGCCAUUUCAAAAAAGUUCCAAGUCUUUAAUCCCUUUGCAACGUGAUGGUUCCUCUCAGCCUAAACUGCCCCUCACUGUACCUCUCCUCCCCUCUGGCCAUACAUCGUCUCAGGUGAGCCAGGCUACAGGUGCAGGCAGCAUGACUGAGGCACUGAAGGUGGGCCAUCGCAUGACAGAUUUCCUCUCACUGUCAACAUCCCCCCUUCACUUUUCCUCUCCUUAUCUUUUCCCUCUUGCUUCACGCAAUACUUUGCAACGGGCAGAGACACUGAGAGCUGAAGACGUGGCCAUACUUGAGGACAGGAAACCAAAAGCUGCUCACAAUCUGACCAAAGAUGCCGUGACGCAGCGGAGUCUCGGGCAGGUCAGACUGAGGGAGUUACCCGAGUGGUUGGUCUGCAGAACACCCAGUCACCCGAGAGAUGUAGUGGAAAUGGUGCACAGAGGCUGGCAGUGGUAUUACAGGAGGUAUAUUGACGUGAAGAAAGGUGGAGUGGGUGGAGUGGCCAUGCUGUUAGCAGGAUACUGUGUGCUCAGCUACGUCUGGAGCUACCCUCAUAUAAGUAAAAGAAUGAAUUUCAAUGAGUGUUGUUGUUACAUCCAGUGGAUGGAGAUGACUGUUGUUUUUUUGUUUUUUUUCAGAGAGUGAUCGUUGGAGGAAGUAUCACUAAGGACAAGGAAACAACAGCUAAGGCAGUUUGUAUGUAUUAAUACAAUAAAACACUGCACACACAGUUAACUGCUGACAGACUGCAGCUUUAUAUGACUUAUUGACUGAUAAAUAUGAGGAAUUGUUACUUGUUUCUAUAAUUACAGCUGAAUGUGUUGUGAUUAUUUUGGUAGCCAUUUUAUUCUCAGUUGACUUGGUCCUGAAGGGGGGCAUUUGGAAGCUACUGAAGUUAUCAAAACAUGACUGAAUUUAAUCUUAACAUGUUUUUAUUUAUUUUCUGUAGUUUGCUAUUUAUAUAUACUUUUUCUUUUAGCUUUUUAAUAUGCACAGGAACAUAUUUCAGAUUUUGUGUGUGUGAGAAAAACCUAUUUUACUCUCAUUUGACUGCUCAAUUAGUUUUAGUUCAUGAGAGGAUUAUGCGUUUCAUGCUUUUUUUUUUUAGCCCUGCUGUUUGUCCCAGGAGCUCCACUAGGGGUCACUGUUAAGUUAUGCCUAAAUUAAAAAAGGGAGGAUUGGCCAGUUAAAUUUUGCUAUGCAGAGUUGUUUCUUUUCUUUUUUUUGCUCCUUUGUGUAGAGGCACUGGUGCUGAGGUCCAUGAGAGGAUUCAAGGGAAGCCAAGAGCUUUGAACUUAAUGACAAUCUUUCUGGGAGUCUACCUAUAGAGAAACAUGAAAUCUGAAACAAACCAAUUUAUGUAUUCAAGAUUGGAUCCAAUUUGUAGAUGUAGAUCUGUUCUUUAAAAAAAAAAACACUUUGCCUGUCACCGUCCCUGAUGUUAUUAUGCAUGCUUUAUCUGCCAGUGCUUCUGUGUGUGAACACUCACAGAAUAGCAAUGACAGGACACUGAAGGAGGCUCUCAGCCGGACUGGACCAGUUUCUUAUUGUAUUCAAAAUGAAUUUAUUGUUGACUCUCCUUUCUGCUGUGGUGAACACACAUGAAGUACAAAUGAAGAAAUGACAGUAUGUUUGUAACCUUUUUUUGUCUGAAGCUGCUUUUUUGCCAACACAAUAAAAAAUUAUUUCCA